UCGGGUGGCGCGCGAGGAGGUGGCGAAGGAAAACAACGGGCUCUCGUUAGAUACGUGUCGCGGGUGUGCUCGAGAGCGCGCGACAGCGUAAGCGCGGAGAAGGGGCCGAACGUUCGUACCGCUGCACCCCGUCCCCGCUUGACCUGCGCACGAGACGCGCCACAACGGCUCUCCGCUGUGUUUCGUCAACAUUGGACUGCAUUGGACCCGCUCGCGCUCCGCUGUGUCUGGCCGCACUGACGCACGGCUAUGCGCCCGUCGUCAGCCGUUCCGUAGCGCGUCGUCCACGUUGCAGAAACGCCCGUCGCCUCGUGAAUCGCUCUCGGCCGGUGUUGCCCACCGCGUAGACGACGGUGUCGGGAGCCCGAGCGCGGCCGCGGCCGCAAAUUCCGAGCGGCUCCAUCUUGCGCAACGUCCCGAGCCCGGGGGAGCGUGAAGGCGCGUUAUCGCUAUCGGCGACCAUGUCGACGGCCGUCAACGACACCGAGGAGUACUACUGCUUCCGGGUGAAGGAGAGCACCGACAGCGAGCUCGACAACAGGAACAUCGUCAUCCCGUGCUCGUACAACUUCGACCUGAAGAAACUGCGUACGGAGCUGUGGCGGCAGUUCGGAGUGCCCAGGAACAGACGCAUCUCCUACAUCGACGACGACGGGGACGAUGUCCCAAUCGAUUCGGAAUGCGAGUUUCACGAGGCGCUCAAGCUCGCGAAGAACGCCUUCGUGGCGAACACGGCGAUUCCGUUGAUCGUUGGUUCCUUCCACGUGCCUACGUGCAGCGACGACGAGCAAUGUUCUGGAACGAACGAGGUCUGUUGCCCAAACAAAGAGCCGACGAGUAUCGACGGCAAUCCGAUCUCGUCCCUCGCCGAGAAGAGCGGCGGCUCGAUGCCGGAGCCGAAUCCCGAGUUCGACAAGCAGAAGUUUCCAACUUGGAAAGUGUCAUCGAAUCAAAAGAAGUUGGACGCGAGGCAGUGCGAUGAGCCGAGCGGGGAGCAGGCAGAGUUGGAAGACGCGGAAGUCCCAAGAGAAUUGAAUGCUUCGUUACGAUGCCACGUAGAUACGGUGCCUCCUUCGUGGUUCACCGAGUACAUGGAGGCGAUGAAGAAGGACAUGGUGUCCACGAUCACGCAGGAGGUGGUGAAAAACGUGACGGAGGUGCUGAACAAACGUCUGGACUCCCUUACGUUAAAGGAGCUGGCCCAGUCUCGAGGCCAGUCGCAUCCUUCUCUCUCAAAGCGACAUCCCAGAUGCUCCUUCGACUCGAACGAGAAGAAUCAGAAGAGAAUGAGAUCUCAAGACGAGGAGCAGUCGAGCGACGCCUCCAUCGAGCGCGUGGAUGAGCCGCAAAAUGUAAGCACCGCGGAUGCACCGCAAACGAAGAAAGAUGUGAUAUCCACAAUUAGUCACGAGGUGGUGAAGGAGAUGACGGAGAUACUCAACAGAAUCCCCUUGGAUUCUCCGCACACGUCGGCCCCUUCGAAGAAACUCGGUCAGUCCCGAAGCCCGUCGCAUCUUCCUUUGUCGAAACGAUUUCCUCGACACUUGGAUCCGAGCGAGAAGAAUCAAAGGAAGAUGAGGCUUCAGGAUGGGGAGCAGUCGAUGGAGCGCACGUACGAGCCGCGAAACGCCAGUACCGCGGAUAUUUCGCGACAACUGCAAAAAAAGCUUGAUCUUAUCGGCGACGCUAUUUGUGCGAGCGUGUUGAAGGAGAAGAAAAAGAAGAAGAAACAUCAUCACUGGAUUCCUUCGGCGUUCAUCGAUAAUCUGAACAAUGAUGUCGUUAAGAAGCAAUCCACUCAGAAUAAUGCAAAGAAAGAGUUAGUUUUCCAGGAAAAGAAGGAGAAGGAACCCGAUGCAACUCUGGAUCAAUGGAUCGAUAGAGUAAUUGGCGAUCUGAAGAAGGCCGAUUUUGAAAUGAAACGGAGAAACGAGAACGGAGAUGUUUCCUAUCGGAAGGACUUGCCCUUGCGAACGGGCCCGAUAUCGUAUAACGAAACUACGGGGAUGUUCGAGAACGAGAUGCUUCGUAUGAGCUGCUCCGUUACUGGGCAUCAGAUAUUGGACGAGGGUCGCCGCACUGGGGACGACUGGUGCUGCGACAAUCCGGACACGGAUAAAACCACCUUCUGUCCGUGCGAUCAAGAAGUGGAGGACGACGACGCUUUCGAGAUCAUCCAGAUGCCCAACUUGGUAAGCAGAAAUGAAUCGUUUACGCGUCCGGAGGAGCCCGCUGCGGAGCAACGACGACACGACAGCAAUCGAGACUCGCCCAGCUUUGAACUCCUGUCGGAGUCGCCCUCGCCUACGCCUACGUGCUGCAUGCACUUCAACGAGGAGCAUUUCUCGGCGAAUGAGGGGAACGCCGAGCAGCAACCUCCACCCGCGGAUGCGAAUCCAUCGACGAGCUCCAUUUACGUGAUAGAUAUUCACGGUAAAGUCCACAACGAGUGUCGGGCGACAGAUUUGGACCAAGACGUUAGCACUGAUUUAAAGAAAAGAUCCGGCGGAGUCUAUUCGUUCGUAACAGAGACGUUACCAGUUCAGGAUACUCACUGUUCGAAGUCGUCGCAUUCGGAACAGCGAGCGAGCGAACGGAAGAACCACCCUCGAGACGACGUGUGCAGCAACGCGGGUUGCACGUACGACGACGUGAGAAACUCGCAUACGAGUUACCUGACCGUGCGGACUCACUGCGACGCCAAGACGCAGUGCAGUUGCCAGUCGCAGACCGAUUUGAGUGAUUUCACGCAGAGCUUCCAUUCGCACACCACGUCGGUCACCGACACGACCGACGUUUACACCGAGUCCUACGGCAACUGCAGAUACGGCGAGCAAGUGCCGGUAACGGCCAAGGACGUGCGAGAAGCGGCGACGGUGACAGCGACGAUGACAGCGACGGCGACCACGAUUCCGAGAAGCGACCACGACAGCGACUGCGGGGAGGAGAGGACCAGGUCAAACGAAAGGCAUUACAACGCUGCGGACAACUAUUCAAAGUGCAGCUUUUGCAGCUCGCACAGCAGCACUCCACGAGGUGGUCCGGCCGAUCCUCCGUACCAGUCCGGUCGAGCGAGUGGAUCUUCCGAUAGAUCGAGCCCCAACGUAGGCUCGAGGAAGACGUCGGCUGGCGAUCAGACACCGCUGGGCACCGUUGAUCCUGUUCAUAUCCUCCUACCGGAAACGCUAGUCACUGCAGUCACUGCAGCCACCCAUGUCGGUUCGUACGCUUACGACACCGCACGCGAGAUGUUGGACAAGAUACGAGCACACGCGAGGGAGGAUUCUGCUAAACGCCGAGGCGGGGUAAAGUGCGACGACAAGAAACGCUUCUUCGUUGGGCCCCUGUCUUUGUACUAAUGACCUAUUAAUCUUUCGUCUAUAGCUGAUAUAUUGUACGUGCAUUGUAUGCUAUGCGGGAUUGCUAAAUAGAUUUAUUAGGUGAUAGGCAAAUAUACGGGCUCGAAAUGAUAUUGUACUAUUGACGCGGAGCGAUUGAAAUGCGUGCAGCGCCUCUCUUACAAGUAACUGGGUUUUCUUAAGAUCACGCAGCGAAUAAAAUUAGGUUUCCUACGUCGAUCGUGAUUGAUUGUCUUGUUGAGAUAUGCCAAGAACGAAUAUGUCCCAUUGUUAAUGGGGGAAAGUUUUGACGACACUGAACCAGUAGAGUAACGAGUUAAAAAACCAAUGAAGACAGUGAAGCACUUUUUAUGUGCGUGUGAUUCUUAAUUGCAUGCGAAAUAAAGGUAGAAAGAAAUCCCCCCCCCCCCCCAAAAAAAACGAACCAACGCAUUCUAUCGAGAGUAAGACGCAUUUAUUUGUCGCGUGAAAUUAAGAAUCACUGUACAUGUAAUAGUAUUCGUAGUAAUGAAUUAUGCUUUAUCAUAGAUAGAAUGUUAGACUUGCUCGUAGCUAUGUGAAAUUAAGGAACUAAUUAUACAUAAUAAAAGCGAACGGACGAAAGUGUGGAAGAAAGAGUGACAGUGCGAAAUAGUUUUAGAUCGUUUGGACGAGAGAAGGUAGGCUGUUUGGGAGAAAAGUACGAAAUUCUUUAUUACAACCUUUCCGCGUAUAGAUGAAUAUAUUAGGGGCUAGAGACAGAAUGGAUUAUACAAAUCAGUUAUCCUUGUAUAUUUACUGAAAUGAAAAGGCGGGACACCGUAUUAUUCAGGACCGAAUGAUCGUUAUUAGCCUACACGGACGAUCUUGCAAACGCAACUCUGAAGAGUUACGGUUCAAUUUCGUUAAGUGAUGUCGCUCUAGGUACCGGUGCAGAAACUAGCAGAAGAACCGAUAAUCCCUUGAUACCAAAGAGUCACCUCUUUGGCAAGAUGCGUUUCGCAAGAUGUAUCAGUGUUCGGCAGUAAGAUUCGCACCAAAUGUUUAAUCAAUUUACCGCACUUUCGAAAUUCUUGUCUUAUAUGACACGCAUUAUUACGUUGUGUUAGAGCUUAUGGAAUUUAGCCGGUUUUGUGGAAAUAAAUGUUAUAUGAAUUAUA